AUGAAGCUCCAAUCCCUCUGCGCCAUCACCCUCGCCACCCUCACCCCCCUUGUCACCGCCAACUUCGACAUCUACAUGGCCGAAGAAAAGACCACCGUCGGGGGGCCCCAGGUCUGGCCCAUGUGGCACAUCUUCGACACCGAUCCCACCUGCGACGACCUUGCCGAAAACCCCAACUACCUCGGCAGCGAUGACGUCUCUGGCAACAAAGUCGGCGUCCGCUGCGAAUCUUCCUCCGAUCCCUUCAACUGCGCUGUCCAGCACUACCCCGCUGACGGCAUUGACGUUCUCGAGAUGAACUUCCACAGUGACCCCCCUGUGUACCACUGGAAGGCUUACAUGACGAUGGUAGCUAUUUACAAGGAUCGCAACUAUGACAUGUACGGUCUUGAUGGGAAUGUCUAUGGGAACUGCUUCCCCUUUCCUGGGUUUGAGUACGAGUGCGGCGAUCCUAUCCUUGGUGGGUUUACUGGUACGCGCAAGUUCAGGUGCUUGACCGAGUUUACGGCUGCGCAGAUCAAGGCUGCUUGGGGUACCAAGAGGAGUGUUCCGUUUACUUUGAAGGAAGCGGAGGGGGUGAAGGGUCGGAAGGUGCAGAAGUGGGAGGCUUGAAAGACUGUUUAGGCUGUCGUUGCUUUUCUGCUUUUUCGAAGGGGUCGAAAGACUUGGAAGGGAUGAUCGUCUGUUGAUUGGUGCUUGAAUUUUGACUUUUUUGAUGGGGUCUUUUCAUUCUUUUUUGUUUCUGAUAUUGGUUGCUGUUUCUUGAUUUACAUGUUUCUUACCUCCAUAGUGGAAAUAACUGGUUAUCAGACCACAGGUACUGGUAUUAAGUGGGUAUUCAAACGUUUGGUUUCAUAACUG